AUGAGAGCUGCACGAGUCCGACCUACCUCGCUCGAGGGAAUACCGUAUGGUUUUCCUGGCAAUGUUGCUCCGUCCUCGGCCAUUGAAGUUCAACAGGACAUCCCCAAACCGCAGAUCACCAAGCCGGGCGAAUUAUUGAUCCAGGUCAAGGCUUCUACCGUGUACAAAGAUAAUCUCGAGUGGAACGAGCUUUACCCGCCGAGUCAGGCAACCCUGGGAAACGACUUCUCGGGGAUAGUCGUCGCCGUGCACGGAACCGAGCCGAACUUUCGAGUCGGAGACCAUGUAUACGGAAUGACCCAUGCAGGACGGGGAGGCACUUGGGCGGAGUACGCCAUCGUGACGACGGAAGAAGCAGUCAAGAAGCCGGAUAACCUGUCGUGGGAGGAGGCUGCUGCGAUACCUGGGAGCGCCCUCACCGCGGAUCAGGCGCUAUUCAAGCAUGUUGGCCUCGAGCCGGCAGUACAAAAUGGACAAAAGAGGGUCCUGAUUACCGGAGCUGCGGGUGGCAUUGGCACGUUUCUGGUGCAGUUUGCUGUGCUGGCUGGACACCACGUUGUCGCAGCAUCUAGCUCGAACCAUCGGAACGAGUUAUUCCUACGCUCGCUUGGCGCCCAUGAAGUGGUGGAUUACAAAGAUUUCAAUGUGUUGGACAAAGUCGACGUCGUUAUUGAUUCUGUUGGGUUCCAGGUUCUCGCAGACUGCUGGGGCGUCAUCAAGCCGGACGGUACCCUCUUGUCAUUUGACGCCUGCAGUUGGGGCUUCAGGGAGGAGCAUAGGAAGAAGGGCAUCGACCAAGGAAAGGAGGGGGUGCGGGCACUAUAUAUGAUUGCUGAGCCUUCAAAGGAGAGUAUGGCGCGCAUCACCGAACAUGUCGCCAAGGGAAAUAUUAAAGGGCGUGUAUCCAGGGUAUUCUCUCUGAGUAACGUGCGUGAAGCAUAUGAAGCUGCUCAUUCUAGAGAGGUUGGGCACGGCAAGAUUGUGGUGGUUAUCUGA